AUGGCAGCUCUGAAAUACGCCGGCAUGGACGAUACGGACAGUGAAGAUGAGUUACCGCCUGGAUGGGAAGAGAGGUCCACCAAAGACGGUUGGGUUUACUAUGCAAACCAUGAAGAAAUGAAGACACAGUGGGAGCAUCCUAAGACAGGAAAGAAAAAACGCUGUGCUGGAGAUUUACCAUAUGGCUGGGAACAGGAGACUGAUGAAAAAGGACAGAAAAUUUAUGUUGAUCACAUCAACAAGCGGACCACCUAUUUUGACCCCCGGCAGGCGUUUACAGUGGAGGACGUAAUGAUGAAGCCAAAGCGUUACGAUGGAAACACUGCUGCGCUGGAAAUUCUUCAGGGUCGUGACCUGUCUGACAAAGUGGUCCUCAUCACGGGAGGCAACUCUGGUAUUGGCUUUGAGACGGCCAGGUCUUUUGCUCUUCACGGAGCUCAUGUGAUCCUGGCGUGUCGAAACUUGUCCCGGGCCAGCAGGGCAGUUAUCCUCAUACAGCAGGAGUGGCACAAAGCACGAGUAGAGGCCAUGAUGUGUAACCUGGCUUCUCUCCGCAGUGUCAGGGAGUUUGCAGAAUCUUUCAAGGCCAAAAAGCUUCCCCUGCACAUUCUGGUGUGCAACGCUGCCGUGUGCACUCAGCCCUGGAGUCUGACAGAAGAUGGCCUUGAGUCCACCUUCCAGAUCUGCCAUCUUGGUCACUUCCUCCUUGUGCAGUGUCUUCAGGACGUCCUGCGUCGUUCAGCUCCUGCCAGAGUUGUAGUCGUAUCCUCAGAGUCACACAGGUUCACGGACCUGUUAGACUCGUGUGGGAAGGUGGAUCUGGCUGUGCUCUCCCCUUCGAAGAAGGAGUACUGGUCCAUGCUGGCUUACAACCGGGCUAAACUCUGCAACAUCCUCUUCAGCAAUGAGCUACACCGGCGUCUUUCACCUCAUGGUGUGACCUCCAAUGCAUUGCAUCCUGGGAACAUGAUGUACACCUCCAUUCAUAAGAGCUGGUGGCUGAUGACCUUUCUGUUUACUCUGGCCAGACCUUUCACCAAGUCUAUGCAACAAGGUGCUGCCACCACGGUAUACUGCGCUGUGGCCCCAGAGCUGGAGGGGUUGGGCGGCAUGUACUUCAACAACUGCUUCCGCUGCCAGUCGUCCAACCAAGCCCAGGAUCUGAGCAGCGCCGCCGGCCUGUGGGAGCUGAGUGAGCGCCUGGUUGCAGAGCGAUCAGUCGGGAUCCAGUCCCUCUAACGGACUGAGAUCCAGGAUGGUGUGAGGAAGAAGUCAAAGAGGAAGCUGUUGAUGUUGACUUGGGGUGAACUUAAUAAAAGACUCUGACUGCACUAUACAAAAACUGCCAAACCACAGAGGUCUGCAUGGAUAUGUCACAUCACUACAGGGCUAAAACACGCUACAUACACAGUAAGGAGGGGGUUUCAUUUACAGCUUAAGUUCAGGUGUAACUUUCUUUUGUUACUUUACAGUAGGAAGUAGGGAACUUAGAAAGAAUAGUUAUUUUUAUCUGCUGUCGUCUUGUAACCCUUUAACCACACAAAGUUCAUUAGUAAGCAUAGAGUCGGAUUGCAGUGAUGGCGCUAUAUAAGAAAUAUUAUCUUCCAAUUGAAUGUCUUUGUAAUCAGUAUCAUUUUGGUGACAGAAUUUGGUGCAGAUGUUUCUGCCGACAUACAGAGUCUAACUGAGAAAUAAAAAGUAGAGAGCAUAGGACCCUUACGAAUAUAUAAACACGCUAGAGGUAUGUUUCUUAUGACUAUUUACAUUAUUCUGCAAUAAUUUAAUCUUUAUCAGUGUCCUUACUUGUUGUCUGUACAGUAUUUACAUCCACCUGAUUUGCAGAGGGCAUCCUAAUUUUCUUCUUGCUAUGGUUUAGCUUCUGUACUAAAUCUGAAUUACAAUUUGGAGAUUUAUGGAAUGAUAUUUUACCACUAUGUAAGAGUCUUAUUUACAAAUACCAGGAUCUUUCGUUUUCCCCAUGUCUCCUCUUGCUGUUGGACGAGAAUUUGCGAUUUCAGUUUGUUGUUUUGUUUUUAAAUUGUAAUCUUUAGUGUCAAGCCUCUGUAUUUGGGUUGGGUUGUCCUGAAGCCGCUGGGAGGGCGAGUCGCUUUUGAGACAUUGUGCUUCAUGGCAGUCCAGGUGCCGUAGGUCGUUCAUAAAACAGCAUUCCAGUGUCAUAAUAUCUGAAAUUAAAAGAAGAAAGGGAAAAAAUAAACAUGGGAAAACAUUCAACAAAUCCAUGUGCUUGUUUUUUAAACCAAAUUCUAAAAGUACAUUCAUUUGUAGGCCGUUAGUUGGUGAUAUUUGUGUAGGAAGGUGAGGAAUAACUUAAUAUAUCACUGUUAUACACUCUAGCACACAUUAGAUGCAAACAAUCACAUUAUUGAACCUUUAGAUUUAAGGUCUGUGUUAACACAGAAGCUUUUACACCAUGUGUUGAAAGGACAGAUCAGUCAAUCAUACAAACAGCCUCGCACAUAAAUUUUCAGUGGCCUUUAAAGCUGGAAAAUCAUUUCAAAAGAGCUGUAUUACAUUUCUAACCUGCAUCAUAAGUGAUUAGAUAAUUAUCUUUUUAUCAAAAUAUAAGGACAAGAAACAAAUUUAUUGAGAAACACAGGGAUACAUGUGGUAGAGUCCAUCUAGUUAUUAGCCUUGUUACCGUGGUAGUUAGAAAAACGAGUUUCGAAUCAGCAAUAGAAUGGUGAGCAAUUAAUACUGAAGUUAACAUGAUUUGGUAAUUUUCUCACUUUAAAAUCCCUCAGAUUUAAAAUAGUUUGCCAUAAUUAAUAAAUGUAUUUGUACAUCAACUUGCACAUAUAGCAUCGUCCAGUUUUUCAUUUAGUUUUAGAACAAAGUUCUGUUACUUUAGUUUUAUGCAUGACUGUGUGUUUCUCGAGUUUGUUAAAUUGCAUGUUUUAAGUAAGUCAGUUUGUGUCUGCUUUUAUAAAAUGGUAUUUUUUAAAAGCAUAAACUAGGUUUAACAAAUUAGAGUAUGUGACAUUGUUUCAUAAGCUGACCCAGAUUAAAUAUUUGUGUCACUGUAAUUUGGAAUACAAAACAUUGCAGUUAAUGUCAGACAGAAAAUUAAAGGUAGAUUAUCCUCAGUUGUUUGGAAGGAAAUAAGUGAGUAAAAAGAUCAACAAAACCACAAAUAAUAAUAAUAACCUAAGUCAUUUUUAGAUAAAAAGAUUAAAUGCAUUUUAAUCCCUUAAAAUUAAAUACUUUUACACUUGAAGCAAAUAAUAUUCCAGGAAAAGUGACCGCCCUGCAGCGGUGCUGUGUCCUGCAGGUGUCUUAUCAUUGUCCUUUCACACCACUGGACCCACGUCAGAGCACGGCAGCAUCUGACACGUUCACACUCUAGAGUUAACUCAGAAACAUUUUCACUAAGUUAUGAAUCGACUGGGAUUGCACCUGAAAAUUAAAUAAAAAUAUAGAAUGAAGUUUUUCCAAAUGACAGCUUCAUUUUAGAGAACAGCUCAGGAAGCUGUUCUGAGAAACUUAACUGAAUGAAGUCCCAUUAAACACUAUUGUAGUUUUAAACUACAAAAAAAAAAUGUAUGAGUGCUGUCCAUGGUGCUGAUUAGGCUCUUAACAUUUUAUGAAUAUUUUAAAAAUAAAUAUAAAAGUUUAUAUUUUAACCCUGCAGAUUGUUGAACCUCUACAUGAACCUCUGUGGGGGAUGAUUUUACAAAAUGGUUCACACCUUGCAGACAGUUCUCCACGUUGUUUACCUACAUUUUGCCUGUUGUUUGAUAAAACGUAUUAUUCCUAUUCUUUAUUGCUCAGUCUUACAGCGAUGGCAGAAAGGCUGUACAUCUCUUCAAAAGUAUUCAUGCUUCUCGAACGUUUUUAUAUAUUUUGCAAUAAACAUGACUUCUCUGAAUUUUCAAAUGAUAA